AUGAGAGAUGCUCAUACUACAUUAUACAGUCACGACGUUGGGCUUGGACAACACAAGACUAUAUGGGAUGAUCCCACAUCCUUGGCCAAGGUAGCCGAAAGUCUAGAAGCUCAUACCGUCAUGAUAGAGAGAUGGGUGCAAAACUUGCCUGGUGCGCUCAAAAACAGCCGAGUAAACAAUGGCCGCAUUCUCUCAACCGACGGCUCGGCUCUCGUUAUUGAGCAGUAUGCCCCACUCUGGCUCCAAAGACAACGCCUUCUCCUGGAAAUGGAAUAUCACCACAUGUCUGUCAACCUUUACCGACCCUUCAUUUCAUUCAAAAAAGUUCCGGCGCCCGGAAGUCGUCUUGAGACGCUCGCAAUAGAAAGUAUCAACCAUGCGAUAGAGCUAUCGAAAAUUACUCAGCAAGCGCUUUCGUCCACGGCUAUACUCGAUGGAUGGCAUGAAGCGUUCCAGUGGCAAUGGAAUUCUGCCAUCACAUUAGCAGGAUUUAUCUUGGCCAAUCCGCGUCAUUCUGCAGUCGUAGCCGCAAGAAGUGCCAUGGAUUCAUCCUUGUCAGUUUUUGGUACAUUUGGCCAGAGUUUCGAGCUGGCAAAGAAUGCUGAAACUGUUGUCCGAAUGCUGUGUACGAAGAUCGAUGGCUUGAUAUCGACUUCUUCCCAGGACCAUGGUCAGAAGGAGCCAGCUGCAUUACCUACGCUGGGUAUCGACCAGGAAGUGGAGGUAGCUAAUGGCUUUGCUUCUGAAUCGGUCUAUACAUCAACCUCCCCUGAGCUUUUGACUCAAUUUCUGGACUUCGAUUUCACGGAAAUGGCGGUUGGCGUAGAUUUCUGGGCCAAUAUCGACAUGCUGGGUGUCGGCGAUAUUAGCACAUUUGGCGAGUCCUCUGUCUUUUGA